AUGAUAACUAAUCAUCCAGCUUAUCCUAAAAAAGAGAUAGAUAAAUAUUAUUUACAAACCAAAUUACCAGAGUAUUAAAUUAAUUAAUGUAGAUAUUAAACAGUUCCUAUGAAUGAGCAUUAAAAAAAAACACAUGAUUAUUAUAAUGAUAAUACUCAUAUUUGGAAUAAUCCUCACUAAGCAAAAUCAAAUGCAAAGGUAUUCAAAUAAUUAAAAGAACAACAUGUAAAAGGUGAAAAAAGAAUAAAGUAAUUACAAGAAAAGGAAUAAAAAGAGAAAUAAGAGUUACAACACAAUAAAAUAAUAUAUUAUAAUAUGGCAAGAGAAGAAGAUCUUUUGAGAUUACAAUAAAGAAAAUUAGAAAGAGGUAGCUUACAAAACUUAAGUUCAUAACGUAAUGAUGUAUAAGUAGAUUCAAUUACUGUUAAACCAAUUUUAUCAAGAACAGCAUUACUGGGUAGACCUGAUCAUCUUUGGAAUAAAUUAAAUUAACAAUGUUAAAAAUAUGUUAAUUUAUUGGUCAAUCCUAAGAUUUUGUAAAUGGAAGAAUAAGGUGUAAAAGCAAUUAAUGACAAAAUAUAAAAGGAUAUGGAAAUUUAAUAAAUUAAAGAAGAAUUAAGACUAUAAAAUAUGGAACAUAUUAAAUAAUAAAGUACUCUUAGAAGAAUGACUAAUCUUGAAAUGGAAUAAAGAAGUGGAAUUCUCCCAUCAAGAUUAAGUUUAUAAAGAGUUACAACUGCUUAAACUAAUUGUAGAUAACCUAAAGAUCUUAUAGAAUCUACUUUACAACAAUUAGAAAAUUAAUAAUAAUCUUAAACUAUACAAUAAUUAUAAAAUUAAAUUAUCAAUUCAGCAUAAUUUAAUUAAACUAGUAGACCAUAUACAGUUGGAAGUGUACUAUAUUAUAUUUUAUUUUAAGGAUUUUAAUUCUAUUUCUUUUAAUGCUGGAUAAGCAAUUAAAAAUGAAUUAAAUAACAAUAAUAAUAAUAAUAAUAAUCUUACUCAAAAUUAAACUUAAACUGCACCAAUUUUCUUGGUUAAUAGGUAUAUUUAAUUCUUAUAAUCUUAGCUAAAAAUCAAAAUCUGUAUCUACACUUUCUCACAAACAUCCACUUGAUAGAACAGAAUUUAAAGGAUUAUUAUUAGCAUAAGCUGUUGAAUAAGCUGAAAGUAAUUUUAGUAAAACACUUAAAGCAAAUAGUUCAUUAUUAAAGGAAACUUCUGUUCAUUUCUCACGCAGCAAGUAAUCUAUGAUUCCAAAAAAAAGAAUACAAAUUAAAUGUAAUAACAAUUUUGCAAAUGAGUAAAAUAAAAAUGAUGAAAAUGAUUUGUAGAUUGUAAACAAUAUGUUAGACAGUUUUGAAAGAAAACUGUAUCGAACCAAUAAUUUCGAUGAUGAUUCUUUGUGA